GCACCCAGCGCCGAGGCUAAUGCUAAAUGCUAAUAUUUUGAGCUCCUCUCUACAAUAACAGUUUUUGCCCAUUUAUAGUCUAAACACGGGCUCGUUAAUAAAUAAACCUCAUAUCGCGUUUCUAACGUGUUUUUUACGCGUUUGCGACCAUAAAGCGUUAGGAUGUGAAGUUAGUCUAAACUAGUUAAGUUGUAGUUGAAGAUUUGCCCAGAAGAGGACGCUACUACAGGCUGUGUGUUUGACAUUUGUGAGACCUGAGCUGCUCUAAGAUGCAGGUGUGGCAGCUCGCUCUUCCUCUCCCUGCCAUCUUCCUCAUCACAGUGGGGCUGUACAUGCUGCUGUUAGGGACCGCGCUCUGGCUCCGCUACUGCCUCAAGGACCACUGCUCUGUGUCCUGUCCAGACUGCUGCUCAGGAGUGUCUCUGUGUGAAAACUGUUUCAAAAUGGCUGAAGCGUGCGACUGUCGGCCUCCGUCUGUGCGCUCCUGCUUUGCCUACACCUGCCCCUCCCCUUCUUGUUCUAACCUGGACUGUGCCUGCACCUGUCAGCCACCAGAGUGCGACACCUGCAACUGCCUCUGCUUUGAGAUCAGAAUCAAAUGAACCUGAGCCCCCUGGACAGAGGACAAAACAUGAACUACAAACUGUAUUUUUAACACUGUUCAUUCUAGGGCUGGAGGACUAAAGUGAGUGAGGGAGCUGAAGUUUUCCUUUUUUGGUUUGUAUUUAUAUAUAAAAGCACAUUCACGAGUUUAAUCUGUCUACAUACAUACACAGUUUCCUAGUACUUUUUCUUGUAUAAUUUGUAGUUUUUGCAUGAACUCCCCCUGCAGGUGAAGUCUUGUGAGUGCAGUUUGGGUCAGAUACACAGAGAUACAAAAUAGUUUUGAGAGAUUUUGCCAGUCCACCAAAAAUGUCUUUAAUCGACUACAGGCCUACAACAUUUGAAUUAUGAUUUUGGAUCAGCCCUAUUGAUACUUUGUAGUGGCAUGAGGCUGGGGGUGUUCCACAUGUAUGUGUAUGCUAGAAUGUUGGAUUGGAUUUAAACAGCACAUUUUCAGGAGCCGGUGAUCAAUCGGAGCGUCAAAUCAUCUCACCUGAUGUAAUUCCAACUAAAGUCAGCUCUCUCUGGUCAGUGUUAAAAGCUCAGAUUAAUGUUUAACAAAGCCUCAGACAGAGCAGUGCCUACGUUUAGCAUCACAACCCUAAGGAAUAUUGAUCAGUUGCAAAGUAUCAAUUUCAGACCAAAUCAUCUUCCACUGCUUAUGCCCAGAGGAAAGCCAUCCUAGCCCACAGAUAGGCCAGCUCAGGGGGCAGACAUUGGAGCGAUCCGUGGCUGGACGCCGGAGCUGAUUCUGAGGCAGGAGGAGACAGGAACGGGCCAAUGGUGGUCGUGAGGAAACUCUUGAAGUGGCUGAGUUUGUCCAAAACCAGAAUCUCUGACCUGUUCCUCUCAAAGGUCAUCUGGGUCAGCACGGCCGCUUGGAACCAGGAUCCACGGAGGGAGCACAUGAGUGGUCCGCCGUACUGUCCCUAAACGCAGCACAGAGACAAGAGACACAAGAACAGGGUUAACUACAGCACAAGAACGGAUGACCUGACCUACUGUCCCUGAACGUAACACGGAGACAAGAGACACAAGAGCAGGCAUCAAAACUAUAAAUAACACAUAUGGAAUGUAAUAAACAACAAAUAAACAAAAAAUAACUCCAAAUUUGUUUUAGAUUUUAGAUUUUUACAAACAGCCGGCCUUUAUUUGAUCACUGAUUUGAACUCACAGCUGGGAACUGUAAACCAUUUCGGGAAACUUCAUUAUGAAGCUCACAGAGAGAAGGACAAGGGUUUGCAACACUGUCCACAAAGCAACCGGUGAAUACUUUGAGGAAUUGAAUUAGAAAUAUAAAAACAUCUUUUCUGUGUAAUUCCAUAUAUCUUCACCAUAUCGUUUAUGUCUUUUGUAUCUAAAAUUGAUGUAUUUUUUUUACUACUUUCUACAAACUUUUGACAGGUUGACUUGUAAAAAAUUAGCUGGAGUAAGAACUUUUGUCUCAUUUUAAGUGCUUUGUGAUAAUUCCGCUGGAACAUACUGUAGUUCUCCUCCAGACACUGUCCCUGAACACAGCACUGAGACUGGAGACAAGACACAUGAACAGUUUUAAGAGUUCAUAUGAGCUGAAAUCACUAUGUCAAUAUCAGUAUGUUUGAGUAGCUUUGUUUGUAACUCGCAAAAGUAGGAGAGACACGGGGGAUUUUUGGUCUCAUUUUAAGUGCCUUCUGAUAUUUCUACUGGAGCACAGAAAGAAAAGUGAAUUAAGGAAAACAAAAUGAAACCGUUCAGAAAUACCUGGAAAAGCCAAUAUUCCUUUGUUAAAGUUGCACUGUGUAACUUUUCUUAUUACUUAUUUCCAUGGAGAUGUUAUUGCUUUGCCUAGAAUUGAUACUUUCCAGUGAUGUCGCACUAGAGGGGUUGUGCGUGCAUGUCUAUGGCGAAUAUUCAGCAGUUAUGCUAGCUAGCUUGUGAAUGUAGUGUUACUUGAGAUGGACUUGUUUAAGGCACAAAAUCAGCUCACUUGUUUUAGUUCUUGCGAAGUCGGUUCUUUAUGGUCAGAUUGUGUUAAAACAAAGCGCAGAUUAAAGUCUAAUAAAGCUUCAGACAGAGCAGUGCCUACAGUUAGCUUCACAUCCCAGAAUAUUGAUGACAUCAGCUGCAAAGUAUCAAUAUUCCAUAAGAAGGACAAUAAAUGUAUUGAUAUCCAUGGAUACAAGCAGGUGGCAUACUGUGGAACUUCCCAGGCAAAGAAAUCACAUCUCCAUGAAGACAAGCAGGCAGUAGACCUCCCAUUAAAAAAGUUACAU